AUGCGCGUAAAGAAUGGGAGGAGAUCCGCCCGACUUUCACAGACCUCUAUCAACAUCAAAGGAAGAAGCUUCCCGAGAUCGUGGAGAUUCUCGGACAGCAAGGGUUCCAUGCUAGAAUGCCACUACAAGACAUAUAUCAAAAAAUGGAGGCUCGACAAGAAGAACAAGCAAUCCGACAUAAUCUUUGCCUUCCAAAAACUACAGGAAAGACAGGGAAAGGACACAGCUUUCCUGAUCCGGGGACAGCUUCGCUCCCGCGAGAAUGUCGGACAUUACUGGAAGCGUACACGCCUCAAUCCAGCACGCUUUUCCCCGGUCCCACAUACUCCUGACGGUGUGGAAUAUCGCACUCCAAGCCCAUCUGUCGGAGGAAACUCUGAUGAGGCUGAACCUGAGGAUACGAGACAGGGUGCUGGUCGCUCACCUUUCGCCGGAGACGAGCACGUCACGCUUUUCCAGUACAUCAAUCAGGGUCUGGCUCUUGCUUCUCGAUCUCCUAGCUUGCGCCUCCUCAGUUCUCCCGAGCCGUUGCGGGCCCAAGACCAGGCCUUGCACUAUGCUAAGGUGCUUUUCCAAACCCACGUCGAGCGUGCAGAUCCUAAUCUGGAUACUGUUUUUUUAGGUGAGGUUACGAGAUUCCUCGAUAAGCUCAUUGCAAGAGCCUAUAGUGCUUUGGUGGCCAUAGAUCAAAAUAUGUCCCUGAUCAGUAUACAAAGUCGUUUGCUCGAUACGCUCGAAUUGAUUCCAGGAAUGGUAAAAUACGAUUGUGGAUACGUGACGAUGAGUUUGCUGAGAAUAAUAGUCAGUUGCGGCCAAGGUACACAGUCUUGGACAUCGACGAUGAACAGGAUGGUGAGCCGUCAGAUUGUGGAGAAAACAGGCAAUGCGUAUGGUGUUGAUCACCCGGUAUCGUUGCUUCUGAGGACUCUAAUUCGGUCUUUUGGUGGUGUGCUCGCAACAUCGGAGAUGAUCAUGUUGUCUGGAAAAGACAUAAUGGCACGGGGUCUCGGGCACGACUAUGCUGGAAUGGGAGAGCUGCUCAGAUGUCUCUGCGAUGUUUCUGUGUCGUCUGGCAGUAUGAAUUCAGCCCUGAAACACGCCAACGAGCUCUACAGUAUGUGUUUUUGCAGGCGCAGAAAGUACAUGACUGAAAGCAGUCUCACCUCUUUUCUGCUUUGCCUUUCUCAGCUGGCAAUGACUCAUUUUACAUUUGGAAACUACGCGGAAAGCGACUUCUGGAUCGAAGAGGGACUUCGAACCUGCUGCCAGGGACAGAGUCCAUCAAAAAGGGCCACUGCUCGAGCGGACUUCCUGUAUUGCAGAGCGUUGGCAAUGGGAAAGCAUGGUCAAUGGUCCGCAGCAUUCGAGGUUUUCGGAGAAGUCCUCCGUCAGAGGAUGAGAGUCUACGGAGCUGGAGAUUAUGCCGCCAUGCAAUGUGGUGAGCACAUGCAAUGGAUCAGGUAUCACCACCUUGAAAAAGGGCAGCAUUUGAGGGCAGCGGAAGGAGGGUGCCAGAAUGAGGGACGAGGGGAUCCUUGCGCUGUUGGCCAGGACGAGCCACGCAUCGACGGACGACGAGAGCCCAGCGUUCAUGGAGAAGCAGAGCCUUCGAACAAUAAAGACUUCGCCCACCUGUGGCCGAACCAUCCGGAGCAACAUCCCUUGGCGAUCGGGCAAGUCGAAGCAUGGACAGACGAACAGCCACAACAACAGCAACAACCGGAAACACACUGGGACGACCAACUACCAGGGCUGUCGGCAGGAGAAGACCAGUGGUGGAGGAUGUAG